CGGGGCGGUGGGAUUUCGCAGCCCCAGCCCGGGCCAUGUGGGAGCCUCACGGUGCUGAGGCAUUCGCGGCGGCCCUCGGAGGCGCCCUCUUCCUGCUGCUCUUCGCGCUGGGGGUCCGCCAGCUGCUGAAGCAGAGACGGCCGUCGGGCUUCCCCCCGGGACCGUCGGGGCUGCCAUUUAUCGGCAACAUCUACUCGUUGGGCGCCUCGGCCGAGCUCCCCCACGUCUACAUGAAAAAGCAGAGCCAGGUGUACGGCGAGAUCUUCAGUUUGGAUCUUGGAGGUAUAUCAGCAGUGGUUCUAAAUGGCUAUGAUGUAGUAAAGGAAUGCCUUGUUCAUCAAAGUGAAAUUUUUGCAGACAGACCAUGCCUUCCUUUAUUCAUGAAGAUGACAAAAAUGGGAGGCUUACUCAAUUCCAGAUAUGGCCGAGGAUGGGUUGAUCACAGAAAAUUAGCUGUAAACAGCUUUCGCUGUUUUGGAUAUGGCCAAAAGUCUUUUGAAUCUAAAAUCUUAGAAGAAACCAAAUUUUUCAUUGAUGCUAUUGAAACAUACAAUGGUAGCCCUUUUGACUUCAAACAAUUAAUAACAAAUGCCGUUUCAAACAUAACCAAUCUGAUAAUUUUUGGAGAACGAUUCACUUAUGAAGACACUGAUUUUCAGCACAUGAUUGAGUUAUUUAGUGAAAAUGUGGAACUAGCCACUAACGCCUCAGUCUUCCUCUAUAAUGCCUUUCCAUGGAUUGGCAUCUUACCUUUUGGAAAACAUCAACAACUGUUUAGAAAUGCAGCUGUGGUCUAUGACUUUCUCUCCAGGCUUAUUGAAAAAGUUUCCAUCAACAGAAAGCCUCAGUUACCUCAGCAUUUUGUUGAUGCUUAUUUAGAUGAGAUGGAUCAAGGUAAAAAUGACCCAUCAUCUACUUUCUCCAAAGAAAACCUGAUUUUCUCUGUGGGUGAACUCAUCAUUGCUGGAACUGAAACUACAACCAAUGUGCUACGGUGGGCAAUUCUUUUCAUGGCCCUUUAUCCUAACAUUCAAGGACAAGUUCAGAAAGAGAUUGAUUUAAUUAUAGGACCCAGUGGGACACCUUCUUGGGAUGACAAAUGCAAAAUGCCUUAUACUGAGGCAGUUUUACAUGAAGUUUUAAGAUUCUGUAAUAUAGUGCCUUUAGGGAUUUUCCAUGCAACCUCUGAGGAUGCAGUUGUACGUGGUUAUUCCAUUCCUAAAGGCACAACAGUAAUUACAAAUCUUUAUUCUGUACACUUUGAUGAAAAGUAUUGGAGAGACCCAGAAAUAUUCUAUCCAGACCGAUUUCUGGACAGCAAUGGAUAUUUUGCCAAGAAGGAAGCUUUGGUUCCCUUUUCCCUAGGGAGAAGACAUUGUCUUGGAGAACAGCUGGCUCGGAUGGAAAUGUUCCUGUUUUUUACAACAUUGCUUCAGCGAUUUCACUUGCAUUUUCCACAUGAACUGGUUCCAAAUCUGAAGCCCAGGUUAGGCAUGACGUUGCAACCCCAGCCCUACCUCAUCUGUACAGAAAGACGCUGAAAGUGCCUGGCUGUUUUGUGAAACCAGGUGUUUGCCUCACCCCUGAACCUUGUUUAUACAGUGUGUGUGUUUGUAUAAGGAUCACAGCAUCAUAAA